GAGGGUAGGACAAAGGACGGGCGUACCUGUUGGGUGCUCGUCGCUGGCGAAUGGCGCAGCGAAGACCUGGGGCACCUGUUGUAGGGCGGCGGCCGCACGAGGGAAAGUAGUGUGGUGAACGGGAGUCGGGAGAGGAAAGGCAGCGACGUACUGACUGGCGUUGACGCACGCACGGCCGCACGGAUGCAGGGCUGUAGAGUCUGGCUCGGCUGGGUUCCAUCGGCUAGGCUGGGCUCCCCUCGGCUGCACUUGCUUGCUUGUGUUGUUGGCUGGCUAGAACGCUGACAGGCUGCACCACAAACAUCAUACCAAGCGGACCCGCAGGUCAGAAUCUUCUCUCUUGACAAGGAGCAAGCCUAAUCCCAGAACCCCACGGUCGUGAGACCCUAGCUGCCGUCGCCGCCGCCGCUGACCGGCGACGGCGAUCUAGAUGGGGGCGUCGGCCUCCGUGCUCUCGUUCCCAACGGCCGCCGCGUUCCCAGCAGCCGCCACCGCCGUCGCCGGGGCCGCCGGCUGCUUCGCGCUCGGCUACCUCCUGGCCUUCACCCGCCUCCCGCGCCACGCCGCCGGCCCAGGUUCGGGAGGGACCUCCGAUGACGAUUCCGAGGAUGACUCGGAAGAAGAUGAUGACGAAAACUCCGGCCGCAGUCGCGCGGCGAAGCGGGCGGGAGGGCAGAAGAGGGCCGGGCUCCGGCUGCUCUACUGGGCACGGAACGUGGUGACCAAGUCCGACUCUGCCAGGGAGGCGGAAAGGUCCCGGUCUCAGGCCGCGGCCAGUCCCCUGGAGAUCGAGAACCUUGCUGAGAUAAUAGAAGAUUUCAAAAUGGUGUUGGUUGUGAGGAAUGAUCUGAAGAUGGGGAAGGGGAAGAUUGCCGCACAGUGCAGUCAUGCAACUCUUGGGCUAUUCAAAAAACUCCAACAGAGAGCUCCAAAAUCACUAAGAAGGUGGGAGCGGUGUGGGCAAGUUAAAGUGGUUGUGAAAAUAGAAAGCGAGGAAGACAUGCUAGUUUUACAAGGGAGAGCAAAGUCUUUAAAUCUGCCAACUCACAUAACCAUAGACGCUGGAAGAACACAGAUUGCUCCAAGUGAGUUUUCAAAGUUAUGGAUUGUAACAUUCUCUUUCUUAUUCUGGUUUUCUGUUGAUUUGAAAAUUUUCUUUUCUCUAAACAUUAUGUAGAUUCAAGGACAGUCAUGGCUAUUCUGGGGCCAGCUGAUAUGGUUGAUGAUGUUACUGGCGGUCUGAAGCUUUUGUAGAAAACCACCUUGUCAGCAUUUUCAACUUGGGUCUUCAUAGAGCAGUGCUGGGACUUUGCAGGCCACAGUGGUCUCUGCACUUGUACUGAUGUGCGGCAGAAGAAUGAACCUUGGCCCCGUUGGUUGACCUGAGUUUCUUGUCCAUGAAUUUAUUUGGAAGGAGAGCUUGCAUUCUUUUUUCACUUGUACCGACCGUUAUCUUUGGAGUUGUGAUGUUAGCAGUUCGAAUUCUGGUGUUGACAACUUAUAGACCAUCAUUUCUUCUGUAACAUAGAUAAGAAAAUACUAUUUGACUAUUGUCCAUUUCCCCUUUUUUA